AUGAGUUUUGAUAGAAAGGAUGUGGACCUUCUGAUUGGUCAAGAUUGGGACUUCUUUCAUGUUCCUUCAGAAGGUUUAUCUGGUGCUUUGCUUGUACUAUGGAAGGCUAACUUUGUUAGAUUUCAAAUUGUGGAAUUCUGCUCUCAAUUCAUUAUUGGUGAUUUGGAUAUUCCCAAUAAAGGGAAUUGGAGGAUUGCUUCUAUAUAUGGCAAUAAAGAUGCUUAUAAGAGGAGGAGGAUUUGGGAAAGGUUUGAAGUGUACUCUUCAAAGGACCUUCCAAUGGUGUUGGGAGGUGACUUUAAUUGUAUUCUUUCUAAAGAUGACAAGACGAGAAGGAAAAGAUUCUUGUUUUUCCUUGGACCCAAAGAGAUGAAAUCAUUCCUAGCUCUUAAUGACUUUCAUGAAGUUGGUUUUGUAUGUUCAAAAUUCACUUGGUGUAACAACAAAAAAUGUGGAGAUCGAAUCCUAGAAAGGCUUGAUAGAUGCUUUCUAAAUUCGGCUGCAUUAAAUUCUCCUCAUAGAUUGGUGGUGAGGCACUUGGCUCGGGUUGCUUCGGAUCAUUGCCCUGUUGUUUUAAAUCUUGUGGUGCAGAAUUCAGCAAACAAAGUUCUCAGAUUUGAAGAAGUUUGGGCUUCUAACAAAGCUUCAGUUGCUGUGAUCAAAGGUAUUUGGAGGAAAAAAUUGAUGGAAGUUAUUCACAGAUUUUGA